AUGUUGGUAGGAAGACUUAGAGGAACGCAGCUAGUCCGGAGUCCGUUGCCUGCAUCAUCAUUUUCAAAGUUGAACAGUGGACGUGGUACAUUCCUAAACGUUUCGCCGGCAUCGUCAGUGAGUCUUGCCAUUCUUAUCGUCAUACAACAACUCGUCGAAGAGACAAAUGAAGCCGAUUCUUUGAUAAAACAUAUGGUGUGGUGUGCUCCUUUGAGCGACAUGACACCUUCACACUCUUCUUUCAUAGUCCUAUCUAAGUCUCUCUCUUACUCCGUAAAAUCUGUCUGCUCUACCCCUAGUUCACCUAUUUCACUCGACUCCUGCCACCGCAUGUGUCCCACUCGAGGCGUUAUUCGCCCUCACCUGCGCCUGGGUGACUAA